AUGGAGAAUAGAGAAAAUAUUUGGGGUCGACGAGAAAUCCUUGUUGGUAGCAAUCAAAUUCCAUGGAAAGUUCCACCUUGUAAUCAGUCUCUCAAUCAGUGGGCAGAGGAAAAUCGGUUCAAAGUUGGAGACAUUCUCAUAUGGAAAUAUGAUCCUAAAAAGGACUCGGUGCUGGAAGUGACGAAGGAGGACUAUGAUUGCUGCAAUACAUCAAAACCAAUAAAAGAAUGCAAAGAAAACAACACCAAGAUAGAGUUGAACCAUUCAGGACCGUUCUACUUCAUUAGUGGAGCUAAAGGCAACUGUGAGAAAGGAGAAAAGCUAGAAGUAGUUGUUUUGUCUGAGAUUCAUUGGCAUAGAGAUAACAACAAUCCAGCUUCAGUACCUGCAUCUGCAUCUGCACCUGCAGGGAUAACUGCUGAUGCUCAUGGAUUAAAGGGUGGAAUCUUGGGUGCUUUGUUGGGGUUAGGAACUUUGAUUGUCCGCUGCUUUGAGAAAGAGAUGAAAAAGUGUUGGCUUUUUUAUAAUUCAAAUCGGUUGGGAUUUUUGAGUGAUGAAGAUGAGUGGUUGUCUAAGGAGAUCACAUUUGGAUGGAAAAAUAAUUACAAUAAUUAA